AGUAUCAAGUUGUGGUAAAUAAUAGAACGAUGUUUUUCAAAUUUGUUUGUCUUAUUAGUUUCGCAUUUGUUGGUGUUUGUAACUCUGCAUUUGUGGAUACACUCCAAAAAUGCUCUUACAAGGACAGCGAAUGUGUUAUUGGCUUAAUUCAAAACGCUUUAAGAAAUAUAAGUGAAGGUGGAGUUCCUGAACUUGAGAUACCUCCAAUCGAUCCUUUGUAUCUAGAAAAAUUACCGAUCUCAAUCGUUGGCUUGUUAAAUUUGUCAUUGGAUCACACACAGUUACAUGGGAUCAAAGAUUGUGUGAUUAAUAGUAUCGACAAUAAUUUUCAUAAAGGUGCCACAAUUAUGGACAUCACUUGUGACCUUUUUAUUAAAGCAAAGUUCAAGUUAGAUAGCCUAGCCCCAAUUAUGCAGUCGUUCUUGGGAAGCAAUGCGAUACAAGCUAAUGGAAACGCAAAAGUAAAGCUAGAUAAAAUUCGUAUGAAAAUGUACUUCUUUUACCAUAUCACCAAGAAGGAUGACGGUGAAUUAUAUGUUGAAUGUCAUAUGGAUGAAUUCCGUUACGAUUUUGAAAUUGGCAACCUUAAAAUGAAUGCUAACAACAUAUUUAUUGGCGACCAAGACAUCAGUGAUCUCUUCGUAUCAUUUAUUAAUCAGAACUGGAGAAUUAUUAUGCCGACGAUCGGUCAAGAAAUGUUCGACGUUUCUAUGAAAAUAUUUGAUGAAAUUCUACAUCGUUUUUUCAAAGCCGUACCUGUGAAAUAUUUUUUAACUGAUGAUGUAACCCCAUUCGUAAAAAACUAAUAAUUUAACACACACACACGUCUAUAUAUAGUUAUGUAUUAGCUACACUUGUAUAAUGCGCACAAAUAUAAAACUAUAUAUAUUUCAA